UGGAGGCGGUGGUGGCCUCGGCGUUGGGGGUGGAGCCGGGCCACGUCACGCGCGACAUGGCCGCCGGCUUGGCGCGGCAGCAUGCGCCUGGGCGACAGCCUCCGGCGCCAGGCUGGCUGUCGCUCGAGGAGCAGCUGAUGCGCGCCGUCCUCUCCUCGCCGGGCGGCGCCAACGGCGGCGGCGGAGGCGGCGGCGGAGGCGACGGAGCGGGCACGCUCCACGAUUUUGUGCGAGGGUGGCGGGAGGUCUUCUGUGAGGCCCUCCAGCCGCGACAUCUACCUCCCGGCUGGAGCACGGAGCACCGCCGGCCGGUGCGGCCGGCCGUGGCCGACGCCGCUGCGAGAGUCGAGAGCGAGACCGCGGCUGACCCGCGAGAGCGUUUACAUGAUUGUAACACCGGGAGAUAGAGAGUGUGUGUGACCGCCUAGGGGGACCGCGUAGUGUCUAGUGACAUGUUCAUGCACAUGUGUAGUCAGUAGUGGUCUAUCGGUGACUAGGUCCAGCCCUGGGUGAGCCAGAUCUGACGUUUUGGGACAUCGCGUCAGAUCC